AUGGCCUGUAUGGCCACUGAUCAGCCUAUUUCUAAGGCUGAUCAGGUUUCUUUGUUGAAUGUAGAUCUGUUUCCUCCUCUUAUUCAUACAAAAACACCCCACCUUAAUGCAAAAGCCCCCGUUGUUCCAUGUUUGCCUGGGGAACGUAUUGGUUGGACUAAUGAAAACAUCUGCAAGGAAUUCGGGACUGAUAACUUCGCUAAUAUUCUCAAGGCUCCUAAUCCUAUAUUGGUUCCGAAAAGUACAGUAGCUCCUAUUCCAUUGAAGAAAGUUGAAUAUCAUAAUGGAACUCCUAGAGUGUCUUGGAUAGAAGAUGAAGUUAAUCGUAUGAAUGUCAUAGAACUUCUCCAAUUUGCAAUAGUUGGAAAAUUUUCAAAUGGCUGGCCAGAAUUGGAGGAUCUUAGGAAUGCUAUACCUAGACAAUGUGAUAUCAAAGGAGAAUGCAAAAUUGGAUUACUUCGUAAUCGACAUGUACUGAUUCGAUGUGAGAGGCAAGAGGACUUCAUCAACAUUAUGUCAAAAAGUGUCUAUUACAUUCAAGCUAAAGAUGGAUAUUCAUAUCCUAUGAGGCCUUUAAUCUAUGAUGCAAAAUUUAGAGUUGAUGAGGAAACUACUCAGGCCAUGGCAUGGGUCUCUUUUCCAGACCUUAAACCUACUUUCUUUGUAAAAGAAUCAAUUUUUUCUUUGGCCUCUGCAAUUGGUACACCUAUACAUCUAGAUAUGGCCACAAUUAACAAGACUAGACCAAGUUGUGCUAGGGUCAAAGUGCAGGUGGACUUACUAUUUGAUUUUCCAAAGUUUGUGGAGGUUGAGGUAAGAAACGAUGAUACUAAGGAGUCCAGGGUAGAGAAGGUUAAGAUACAAUAUGAUAUGCUUCCGAAAUAUUGUAAACAUUGCAAGGUCCAAGGUCAUGAAGAAGAAGAGUGUAGAGUCUUACAUCCAGAAUUGAGAAAGAACAACAAUAAGGAGAUAAUUAUUACUGAUGCUGAAGAAAUGCAGAAGGGCAAGCAACAAUCAGAAUGUAUUAUGGAGAAUCAAAGGAGGAAAGGAGUUAGGAAGACAUGGAAUCCCACUAAUAGGAGGUUUACCAAGGAAGCUAAUGAAGUCUUGAAUGAUAAAGCAGUUACUCCUGUAAAGGGAAUCAAUUCCAAUAAUAUAUUUGCAACGUUAAUAGAUAUAGAGGAAGGAGAAAGUGAUGCACAAAAAUUGGAUAAGCAUAAGAAGAAACUACCAGUAGAGCAAGACAUGGCACCAGGAAGUAUAGCAAAAAUAGCCAUAGAAAGCAAUGCACAUAACAAAACAAAUAAGCAUAUCACAUCUACAAAGGAUUGGAUUACACAUGCUUUUGCUAAUUACAAAGGGAAAUGGAGCACUCAAAAAAAUAUUAAUGAAAGGAGGGAGAGCACAGAAGAAUCAGGGAAAGGGGAAUUGAAGUUUCUGGAACCAAUUUCAUGUAAUGUUGACCCUGCAAAACAAGACAAUGAAAUUAGUACUGGAGAAUCAAAGCAGAAUGAAGACAUUGAUGGGUAUAAAAAAGACGUUGCAGAUACACAAGAAGAAAAUAAUAUAAAUGUAACACAUGGAGAAGAUGAGCAAGGAAAGGAAAUUACAUUGUGGAAAGAGUCAUCUGAAGCAAUUCCUUUGCAGAUAGCCAAUGAUGACAUAGGGGAGGAUAGAUUUCUACAUAUUCAUGUUGAAAGUCAACAAGAUUUAACAAAUAGAGAUAUAGGAAGAGCUAUGGUGAAUCCAGCAGUCACAUCUGCGAAAUCUCAACCCAUGGAACAACUACAUGCUUUAAUUUCUCAUCAAGACUUGAAUGAAUAUGCAGAAAGACAAGAUUCCAACAGUCAUGAUAAUCUGGUAGAAGAUAAAGAAGAGGAGGAAUUUGGCAGUAGUGAGGUACAACCUUGUAAAGAGGAUGAGCUUUCUCCACUGACAAUCAACAAGAGCAGGAAAGGGAAGAGUAAAAAUGAUAAAGGUGAUAAAGGGGAAAUUUCCUCUAAACCAACGAGGGUACAGGCUCAAAGGGUGGCUAAAUCCGUUGGGGUUGUCUCUGAUUCCGACCAGCAAUUAUCUCUUCAACUUACUAUGGCAGAUGGGAGGCAGUUUUUAGUUACUGUUAUUUAUGCUAAAUGCAGUGCAGCUGAAAGAUUGAUGUUGUGGGAUGACCUAUAUGCUCUGUAUGAUAACUACUCUAUGCCUUGGUUGGUAGGAGGUGAUUUUAAUGUUAUUUUGAGUGAGGAGGAGAAGAUUGGAGGGCUUCCUGUAUACCCUCAAGAAUAUGAGGAUUUUUCUUUUUGCAUAAAUUCUUGUGAAUUGGGAGAUGUAUCUUUUGUUGGGAGUCCGUUUACAUGGUGGAAUGGAAGGGCAGAUUCAGAAUGUAUAUUUAAGAGGUUGGAUAGGGUUGUGGUCAAUCAGUCUUUGCAAGAAUUGAUGGGAAGGGUGGAUUUGCAGCAUCUUGCUAGAACUGGAUCGGAUCAUGCCCCUCUUUUGAUGACUUGUAAAAGAGUUGCUUCUCAACUAAUAUCCAAACCUUUCAGAUUUCUGAAAUUUUGGACAUUACGAGAAGAUUUUAUGGCUGUGGUAAGAGAUAACUGGAUUUCUGAAGGUACAGGUGACAUUUUUGUUCAAUUAAAACAAAAACAAAAGAGGACCAAACAAGCUCUAUCUAAGUGGAGUAAGGAGAAAUUUGGAGAUAUUUUCAAGCAGUUGGUGAUUAGAGAAGAAAUUGUGAGAAUUAAAGAAGAUCUCUUUGAACAAAAUCCAAGUUCUGUUAAUAGGAUUGUUCUUCAAAAGGCACAAGCUGAGUUGAAAAAAUAUCUUCAUUUUGAAGAAGAAUUUUGGAGGCAGAAAGCUAGUAUGGAGUGGUUUGCGGAGGGUGACAAAAAUUCUAAGUUCUUUCAUAGUAUUGUCAAAGGGAGAAGGAAAAGAAUGCAUUUGAAAAGAAUAUUAAAAGCUGAUGGUGGAUGGGCAGAGGGUGAGGAGGAAAUUGUUGGCGAGGCAUUAAGGUUCUUUCAGGAACAAUUCUCGGGGGCUGAAACUUCUCAGGACCUUUCUUUAUUACACCAUAUUUCCCCUCAAAUCUCUGAAGAGGAAAAUACGAAAUGUUGGGACAUUGUAGGAGGUGAUAUUGUUGGGGUAGUUAAUGCCUUCUUUCGAGGGUCUACGCUGCCAAAGUCCAUUACUCACACUAACUUGGUUUUAUUGCCAAAGAAGGAUAUUAUUCAAUCCUGCUCAGACUUGAGACCUAUUAGCCUGAGUAAUUUUCUUAAUAAGAUCUUAUCUAGAAUUCUGCAUAAUAGAUUGGAGAAUGUUUUGCCUAGAUUGAUUUCACAAAAUCAGUCUGGUUUUGUAAAAAGGAGGAGUAUCACUGAAAAUGUUCUUUUGGCUCAAGAAAUAAUCUCAGAUAUCAGAAAGAGAGGGAAGACUGCUAAUGUAGUUAUUAAGCUUGAUAUGGCUAAGGCUUAUGAUAGGGUGAACUGGAAUUUUUUGACUAAGGUGCUGGAUAGAAUGGGAUUUGAUGGGGAUGUUGUGGAUCUAGUUUGGAGGAUUGUGGCCAACAACUGGUAUUCCAUUCUUAUCAAUGGGCAGGUUCAUGGGUUUUUUCACUCUACCAGAGGUGUUAAACAAGGAGAUCCUUUGUCUCCGGCUCUAUUCAUCAUUACUGCUGAAGUCCUGUCCAAAACCUUAAAUAAUUUGUUUGAAAACAAUGAAUUUAAGGGCUAUGGGAUGCCUAAAUGGAGUGACAAGAUAAAUCAUCUGGCUUAUGCAGACGACACAAUAAUAUUUGCUAAAGCUGAUCAGAAAUCACUACAAUUGAUUAUGGAGGCCUUAUCUAACUAUGAAAAUCAAUCAGGACAGAAGAUUAAUAAAGAGAAGAGUUUCUUUUAUAUGUUCCACAAGGCUGCUUUGUCUGAAGUGCAACUGGUAGAAAAUAGUACUAGUUUUAGCAGAGGAAAAUUUCCGUUGAUAUAUCUGGGAUGUCCUAUUGGCCAUACAAAGAAAAGGAAAGUGCAUUUUGUUGAUUUGAUUAAAAAGAUUCAGAAUAAGCUUCAUGUGUGGAAAGGAAAGUGUGUAUUAUAUGAUAUUCAUAGGAUUUUUGCUAAAUUCCUAUGGAAUUUUAAAGAAGAAAGGAGGGCAAAACACUGGAUAGCAUGGCCUGAUAUAUGUUUACCAAAAGAAGAAGGAGGGUUGGGUUUUAGGUCUUUGUUUGAUGUGUCGAGAGCACUUUUUGCAAAAUUAUGGUGGAAUUUUAGAACCACAAAUUCUUUGUGGUCCAAUUUCAUGUGGAAUAAAUAUUGUAAAAGGCAUAGACCACAAGUGGUGGAAUGGAGAGGUGGUUCACAGGUGUGGAAGUAUAUGCUACAAGCAAGGGAUGAUAUGGAUCAAGAGAUCUGGUGGGAAGUUAGAAAUGGUCAUUCUAGCAUAUGGUAUGACAAUUGGACACAAUUAGGUUCUCUGAACUACUGGUUACCUAUAUCUCAUAGCAUCGAUGAGAACUUUGAAGAGGUUAUACAGUUUAAAGAGGAUGAUGGUUGGAACUAUACUUUGAUAGAGAAUAUGUGCACUGAACAGGUUAGCCAGCAAGUUCAUAAUGUUCUUAAAAAUGUUCAGUGGUCAGAAGAAAGGGACAAACCUUGGUGGAUGCCUAAUCAAAAUGGUAAAUUUUCUGUUAAGAGUGCAUGGGAGAUCUUCAGACAAAGAAAAGAGAAGAAAGAGAAUAUUAUGUGCAUUUGGGAAAAAGGAAUUCCUUUUAGGAUAUCUUUUUUACUGUGGAGAAUUUGGUUUCAAAGGAUACCAAUUGGAGAGGUGCUGGAAACUUUUCAACAUUUGUUUAUGCAAUGUCCUAUUUCUAAGGAUCUGUGGAGUUUAUUUGCUGGAGCUGCUGGCGUACAAGGUCCAUUUGUUCAAAUCAAACAAACAUUGGAUAAAUGGUGGAAAAGUGAUUGUAUAUGGUUUCAACAGCUGCCAGGUAAUUGGCCAAUGUUGGUAAAGGUUUUGGAGGACUAUAAACCUCUAAUUUCCAGUAAGGUAGUUACAUGGGAGUGUCCUAGUGAAGGAAAGUUUAAAUGUAACUCAGAUGGGACAUUCAAACAUAUGUUAGGUGUUAGCUCUAUUGCUUUUUGUAUCCGGAAUCACUAUGGGGACUUCAUCUUUGCAGAGACAAGGAAGGUAGAGUUAAGCUCGGCACUAGAGGCAGAAGUGAGAGCCUUGGGAGUAGGUUUGAUUUAUUGCAUCAAUCACAAUAUUUUUCCGUUGAUUUUGGAAACUGAUUCCCUUGUCACUAAGAAAGUGUUAGAUGGAGUGUGGGAAGUUCCUUGGUCGAUUUCAGUAGAAGUCAGGGGUAUUAAGAGCAUGGUAGAGACUUACAAUGUGGAGAUUAAACACAUAUUCAGGGAAGGGAACAAGCUUGCAGAUUUUUUAGCUAACAAUGUUGUUAAUUUUGCAGGUACAAAUAGAAUUUUUAAUAGUUUGCAAGAAUUACCACAACAGGCAAUGGCUAUUGUUCAGCUAGAGAAGAGCAAAGUUCCUAAUCUCAGAAUACAAAAAUAUCAAAAUCACAGAGUUCACAACAUGAAUGGAGGCUAG